AUGGCCGCAGUGACAUUUGCCCAUCGAACUCCCUGCCUGCGAGGUCUGGCAACGCUGCCUCGAUCGUGGAACCCCGCAGGUCGUGCUUUUGCGCAAUGGUCACCCACCGCAUCCGCCAUUCCGUCGACUAGACGGCCAGUCCAGAACAGGCGGCCGUUUCAUUCAAGUCCUCAUGUUUCCUCGCGUCCGCGUAUGACCUAUCGCAUCGCCGUGUCUUCUUCUGGCAAAGGACGCAGAUUCAGCCCGGACAAAAACAUCUACAGUUUUGACCCGGCUACACACAAUGCCAUCGGACUGCAGCGAGGGAGAAACUAUCUGGAGCGGAAGUUAAGCCGGCCUGAUAGCGGGGAGGACGCUUUUUUCGUCAGCAAAAUAAAUAGCCAUCCCAAUGCAUUCGCGUUUGGCGUUGCAGAUGGAGUAGGUGGCUGGACACAAUCCGGGGUUGAUCCUGCGGAUUUCUCGCACGCGUUUUGCAGCUACAUGGCGGAGUGUGCAUCCAACUGGGACGCAUCAGCACACGAGCUGCGAGCAAGGACCCUGAUGCAAAUGGGCUAUGAGCAAACGUUGGUGGACAGGUCGAUAUUUGCGGGCAGCAGCACCGCCUGCAUUGGCGUAGCCCGCGAUGAUGGAACGGUUCAGCUGGCAAACCUUGGUGACUCCGGCUCGGUGCUGUUCCGCCUGGCCGCCGUCCACCAUUACUCCACUCCUCAAACCCACGAUUUCAACACUCCCUACCAGCUCUCAGUAAUGCCUCCUCUAAUAAGGAUGCAGUCCGCUAUAUUCGGCGGCAGACAGUACGAAGAUCUCCCUCAAGAUGCCAACGUGACAAAUUACCGUUUGCAGCACGGCGAUGUCCUCCUACUCGCAACAGAUGGAGUCUACGAUAACCUGAACAACCAAGACAUUCUUAAAACUCGUUACAGCCCGGGAUGA